AUGACCGCGUUGCAGAAAAUGACCCUUUCCCUUUCACCCUCUCUCUAUGUACCCAACCCGUCACCCUUCUCCCCCACGCUCCUCAACCCAACCACCACCCUCCGCCAACUCUUCUGUGCACCCUACCCCAAACGCGCUUUCCAGUUCCAAUCACGCGCCACCAAGUCCAAGGAGAUUAUCCCCAUAAACCCCUCCGUGACGGUGGAGAAGGGAAAGUACAGCUACGAUGUGGAAUCCCUAAUCAACCGCCUCACCGCGCUUCCGCCACGUGGAAGCAUCGCGCGGUGCCUCGACCCCUUUAAGAACAAGCUCUCCCUCAACGACUUCGCCCUCGUGUUCAAGGAGUUCGCGCAGCGCGGCGAUUGGCAGCGCUCGCUGCGUCUCUUCAAGUACAUGCAGCGGCAGCUGUGGUGCAAGCCCAACGAGCACAUAUACACCAUCAUGAUCACGCUCUUGGGCCGCGAGCGCUUGCUCGACAAGUGUCGCGAGGUGUUCGACGAAAUGCCUAGCAACGGUGUCCCGCGCACCGUUUACGCCUACACCGCCAUCAUCAACGCAUAUGGCCGUAACGGCCAGUUCCACACCUCGCUUGAACUCCUCGAUAGAAUGAAGCAGGAGAGGGUUUCGCCGAGUAUUUUGACUUACAACACUGUGAUUAAUGCUUGUGCUAGGGGUGGGUUGGAUUGGGAGGGGUUGUUAGGGUUGUUUGCUGAAAUGAGACAUGAAGGGAUUCAGCCUGAUGUUAUUACUCAUAAUACUUUGCUUUGUGCUUGUGCUCAAAGGGGGUUAGGUGAUGAGGCUGAAAUGGUGUUUAGGACCAUGAAUGAAAGUGGGAUAGUUCCCGAUAUCAAUACUUAUAGUUAUCUUGUUCAGACGUUUGGGAAGUUGAAAAGGUUAGAGAAGGUUUCAGAACUUCUUAGGGAGAUGGAGUCUGGGGGUAAUUUGCCAGAUAUUACUUCUUAUAAUGUGUUAUUAGAUGCUUAUGCAGAAUUAGGGUCCAUCAAAGAGGCGAUGGGCGUGUUUAGGCAGAUGCAGGCUGCAGGUUGUGUACCGAAUGCAGCCACGUAUAGUAUUUUGUUGCAUUUGUAUGGGAAGCAUGGGAGGUACGAUGAUGUUCGAGAACUUUUUCUUGAGAUGAAAGUUAGUAACACGGACCCUGAUGCGUGUACUUAUAACAUUCUCAUACAGGUCUUUGGGGAGGGAGGGUACUUCAAGGAGGUGGUGACUUUGUUUCAUGACAUGGUGGAGGAAAAUAUUGAGCCAAACAUAGAGACUUACGAGGGCUUGAUAUUUGCUUGUGGGAAGGGAGGGCUUUAUGAAGAUGCCAAGAAAAUUUUACUGCAUAUGAAUGAGAAAGGAAUAGUACCAACUUCCAAGGUUUAUACUGGGGUGAUUGAAGCGUUUGGGCACGCUGCACUGUAUGAAGAGGCUCUUGUCGCAUUUAACACCAUGAAAGAAGUUGGAAGCAACCCAACCCUUGAGACCUACAAUUCGUUUGUUCACGCAUAUGCAAGGGGGGGUUUGUACAAAGAAGCGGAAGCAAUUUUAUCCAGGAUGAAUGAGUCUGGUUUAAAACGGGAUGUGUAUUCAUUUAACGGUUUGAUUGAAGCUUUUAGGCAAGCUGGUCAGUAUGAAGAGGCUGUAAAAGCUCAUGUUGAAAUGGAAAAAGCAAAUUGUGAAUCUAAUGAGCUGACACUUGAAGCAGUGUUAAGUGUAUACUGCUCUGCAGGGCUUGUUGACGAGAGUGAGGAGCAGUUCCAAGAAAUUAAAGCUUCAGGAAUACUGCCCAGUGUCAUGAGCUACUGCAUGAUGCUAGCUCUUUAUGCAAAGAAUGACAGGUCAGCAUUUUUGUAUUUUAUUGCAGUGGUUUUUUUAUUAUUUUAA